AUGGAUACGGUGCGCGAGUCACCUCUAGGUCAAUUUCUACGAGCAAUUACCGGUAAUAGGAUUCUACUUUAUCCGGAAGAAAAGCCAGGAUUUGUUUCAUCGAACCCAGAAGAGACAAGAUACCAGAUUGAAUCCAAACAAAGUCUUGGCGGCGACUCUGCUAUAACUCCAGCACCGACUUCAUACUUCCCGCCGGGUGCCAAUUCGGAUGGAACGCACGCGCAAGAUGAGACAAAGAAUAUAGUUGGCUGGUACGGCCCGGAGGAUCCAUCAAACCCCAGAAACUGGUCGUCAUGGAAGAAGAGAUUUGUUACAUUUCAGAUAUGUUUGUACACGUUCGCCAUAUAUUCUGGCUCAUCAAUCUACGUGCCAGUUGAACCCCAAAUAAUGGAAUAUUUCCAAGUCAAUCAAACGAAGGCUUCAUUGGGUUUGGGAUUAUAUGUAUUGGGCUAUGGCCUCGGUCCGUUGCUUUUCUCGCCCUUGAGUGAGGUUCCAUCGUAUGGUCGCAAUAUCCCAUAUAUUACCUCCCUCAUCAUCUUUGUCAUACUGUGCGUUCCCACCGCUUUGGUGGACAAUUAUGCCGGACUUAUGGUUCUUCGACUUCUUCAGGGCUUUUUCGGAAGCCCCUGUCUAGCAAGUGGUGGUGCCUCAAUGGCAGAUAUGUACUCGGAUAUUUACCUACCGCUAGGAUUUACCAGCUGGGUUGCUGCGGCGUACGGUGGACCAGCUCUUGGUCCGGUUUUGUCGGUCUUUUCAGUCGCCGCAAAGGGAUGGCGCUGGGCAAUGUGGGAAAUUCUUUGGAUGGGUGCACCCAUCCUUGUCCUUAUGGUCGUCUGUCUUCCAGAGACAUCAGCCGACAAUAUACUCCUCCGUCGUGCACGACGACUACGCAGAGUUACUGGAAACUCGAAUAUUUCGUCGCAGUCGGAGAUUGCGCAAAAUAGUCGAUCAUUUCCCAACAUGCUCCUUGAUACCCUGAUCAAACCUGUCGAGAUAAUGGCCAAAGACCCAGCCAUCCUGUUCGCCAAUCUCUAUACCUCCCUGGUUUAUGGAAUCUAUUACUCCUUCUUUGAGGCGUUUCCAUUGACCUAUCCGGCCAAAUAUGGGCUUGAUGCUAAGGAUGUCGCGCUAAUCUUUAUCUCAAUCAUAAUCGGCUGUGCGCUUGCAGUUGUUGUCUAUAUUAUUUAUCUUUAUACCAGCCCCAUGCCUGCUCUAAAAGCCAAUGGCCAACUCACACACGAGAACCGCCUAGCCCCUGCUCUAUUCGCUUCUUUUGGGCCAACAGUCGGACUUUUCAUUUUUGCCUGGACUACCAACGGUAAUAUUCAUUGGGCUGUGAGCGCCUUCGGCAUUGCCCUAUAUUCAGGAGCUGUCUUCAUUAUAUUGCAAUGCGUACUUGUCUACCUGUCGCUUGCGUACCCAAAGUAUGCAGCCUCACUGUUUGCCGGAAAUGAUUUAUCACGAUCUGUUGUCGCAUUUGCGUUCAUCCUAUUCUCCCGGUUCAUGUUCAUUGACCUCGGUAUUGACAAAGGGGUGACUCUGUUAGCUGGAUUGAGUAUCCUAGGGAUUAUUGGAAUGUUUAUUCUCUACUUCUACGGUGCAAAUUUCCGUGCUAGAUCUAGCUUUGCGGAGCAUAGCUGA